GGCCGGGGGCGCGCCGCGCGGACAGAGUCGGCGGCUGCACCGCGCUCGCAGGGCAGCCCGCGCUUCCAGGCGUCCGCGUCGGUGCCCGCCGUGCCCGCCGUGCCCGCCAUGGCCGUGGACACCUCGCCCCGGCCGCUGCCUCUGCUCCUCCUGCCGCUGCUGCUGCUGCUGCUGCUGCGCGCCGGCCCCGCGCGCGCCGAGAGCAAGGUGUUCGGGGAGGUGGACCAGGUGCGGAUGACCUCGGAGGGCUCGGACUGCCGCUGCAAGUGCAUCAUGCGGCCGCUGAGCAAGGACGCGUGCAGCCGGGUGCGCAGCGGGCGGGCGCGCGUGGAGGACUUCUACACGGUGGAGACCGUGAGCUCCGGGUCCGACUGCCGCUGCUCCUGCACCGCGCCGCCCUCCUCCCUCAACCCCUGCGAGAACGAGUGGAAGAUGGACAAGCUCAAGAAGCAGGCGCCCGAGCUCCUCAAGCUGCAGUCCAUGGUGGACCUCCUGGAGGGCGCCCUGUACAGCAUGGACCUGAUGAGAGUGCACGCCUACGUCCACAAGGUGGCCUCCCAGAUGGACACGCUGGAAGAGAGCAUCAAGGCCAACCUGAGCCGGGAGAACGAGGUGAUGAGGGAGAGCAUGCGCCACUUCGGCGAGCAGCUGAAGCACUACGAGAACCAGUCGGCCAUCAUGCUGAGCAUCAAGAAGGAGCUCUCCAGCCUGGGCCACCAGCUGCUGCAGAAGGACGUGCCCACAGCCCCCGCCGCUGCCCCUGGCCCCGCCCCCGGGCCUGGCAGCAAGGCACAGGACACGGCUGGAGGGAAAGGCAGAGACAGCAGCAAAUACGGCAGCACACAGAAGAGCUUUGCAGACAGGGCCCUCCCAAAACCUCCUAAGGAGAAGCUGCUGAAGGUGGAGAAGCUGAGAAAGGACGGUGGCCAGGGCCGGUUCCCCCAGCCCACAGGCAGGCCCCGGGCCCUGGCCCAGCAGCAGGCGGUGAUCCGAGGCAUCACCUACUACAAGGCGGGCAGCAGGGAGGCGGCCGAGGCUGACAACGCCCUCAGGGGCACCGCCUGGCUGGAGCAGCUGUCGCCCAGGGAGGAGGGCAGGCCCCCCGAGCCCAACUCUGCUGAACACGAGGAGGCUGGGCCCAGGGCUUCGGAGGGAGCGGACGUGGCCCCUGGCACCCCCUCCUUGAAGCCAGCCGUCACCCCAACCCCCGCUCCCACCACCAGUCCCCUGCCCACUGAGCCACCACCGUCACACCCAGAAGUCCCCAGGCAAGGCAGGGAGGCCAGCUGCGAGGGCACCCUGCGUGCCGUGGACCCCCCGGUGAGGCACCACAGCUACGGGCGCCACGAGGGGGCCUGGAUGAAGGACCCGGCCGCGCAGGACGACAGGAUCUACGUCACCAACUACUACUACGGCAACGGCCUGGUGGAGUUCCGCAACCUGGAGAACUUCAAGCAAGGCCGCUGGAGCAACAUGUACAAGCUGCCCUACAACUGGAUCGGCACCGGCCACGUGGUGUACGGGGGCGCCUUCUACUACAACCGCGCCUUCACCAAGAACAUCAUCAAGUACGACCUGCGCCAGCGCUUCGUGGCCUCCUGGGCGCUGCUGCCGGACGCCGUGUACGAGGACACCACGCCCUGGAAGUGGCGCGGCCACUCGGACAUCGACUUCGCGGUGGACGAGAGCGGGCUGUGGGUCAUCUACCCCGCGGCGGAGGACGGCGGCGACGGGGCGCAGCCCGAGGUGAUCGUGCUGAGCCGCCUGGACCCCGGCGACCUGUCCGUGCACCGGGAGACCACGUGGAAGACGCGGCUGCGGCGCGGCUCCUACGGCAACUGCUUCCUGGUGUGCGGCAUCCUGUACGCCGUGGACACCUACAGCCGGCGCGAGGGCCAGGUGGCCUACGCCUUCGACACGCACACGGGCACCGACGCCCGCCCGCAGCUGCCCUUCCUCAACGCGCACGCCUACACCACCCAGGUGGACUACAACCCCAGGGAGCGGGUGCUGUACGCCUGGGACAACGGCCACCAGCUCACCUACACUCUGCACUUCGUGGUCUGAGCGGGACGCGCCCGCCGGAGAGGGGCUCUCGCAGCGGCUCCUGCAGGAACUCCAUCCGCAGAUAUUUAUUGGGGGCCGGAGGGGGUGCUGGGGGGAGGGGGCGGGAGCUAGGCAUUGGCAGAGCCAGCAGAAAGCCUCCUUAGCGCCCAGGGCAAUAAUCUGCUUCCCCCCCAGAGCACUAACCCGCCUCCCCUCCCAGCAGCACCCGAGGAGGCAGAGAGAGUUCAGCCCAUUUAACAGGUGAGGACACUGAGGCUCAGAGAGACAACAUACCCCUUGCCUAAGUAGCCAGUUUAGACCAGGCAGGCCACGUGUCACCACAGCCCCCACUUGGACAGAUGAGACGCGACCAUCCUGUCCCCCUUGUCUCUCCCUCGCCCCUCUCUCCUAAGGGCUCUCGUGCUCACAACUCUGCCUCCCUUCCCGGGGCCUCUGAAAACCGCGGCCCCGGGCACCAGGGCACUCGUGUUGGGUGAAGGCCAGGCUCUGUGCCACCCCAGGUCCCCAUCCUGGCCAAGCGCUAAGUGCUGGUGGCCCUGGGCUCCGGGCCCUUUGGCUCCGGGCCCUGCUCCUUGGCCGUGGCCAGCCCUCCUACCCUACCCCACCCGCUGUCCAACCACAUUCCAAACCUCCGUGGUCACCCAGCCCCUGAGCAGAAACCACACCCCAAGAAAAAUACCAGCCCCCCCCCCCCCCCCCCCCCCGUUCCAAGUUCCCAACCCCCUCUGUACUCAGCCCUAUUUUCCCUCCGUCCUCAGUGCUGUCAUUUGUUUCUGCAGCAACAGCUGAGGAGGCUGCAGGCAGCUGCCUGCCAGCAGCGACGCUACCGGGGGCAGGGAGCCGGGCCAGCCCCCAGCUCCCUCUCCACCCACGGGAGCUGACCCAGGCCAGGGGGCCGCUCCCCGGUCCCGCCCAGAGCCUCUGGGCCCGGGUCUACCUUGUCACUCGGGGCAAUUCAGGCCACAACUACGUGCACUCAGGGAAACCGCCAGCUCCACCAGGCCUGAGGUCAGGGUGGGCGGGGCGGGGAGCAGGAUGAAACAGAUCCCCCCUUCUUUGUCAGCCCUGGCCUGGUCAUUUGGUGACAUGGCCCAGCAGCCCGGGGGACUGGGGAAGGCUGAGAUCGGAGCAGUCGGGUCCAGGGGAGCCGUCGGACCUUCUGGUUGCAGGAAACAGCCGGAGCCCUAUUCCUGGCUUCAGCGAUGCUGGUGCCAGGGCUGCCCCGAGCCCAGGAUCAGGGGCUGCGGCAGCACUGAUGGGAGUCCCGCCUGGAACUGCCCAUGGCCCCCUGGGCCUCAGAUCCAGGCAACGAGACCUUGAAGCCUGCCCCUCGUCUGCUCGGACUGUUGUUUGAGAGCUGGGAAGCUCUCCAGUCCAGCUCCCUGUUUCAAAGGAGAAACAAGCCCAGAGAGGUUGAGAGAGGGCACGGGGCCACCCCGGGAACAGGAUCCAGCCGAUGUCCUUCCAGAAGGUCUUACUCUUCGGGCUUAGAGGCAGCUCUGCCUGGGAAGACGAUAGACCACCCAGCACCCCAUCCCUCCCAGCCCCUCAGAAAGGUAUUGACUGCUGAUCCCGCUCCCCGGCUGCCGGCUCCUGGUAUCUGUAUAUUUGGACACUGUUGUCACGUGAGGAAGUCUAGCUGCCUCCCUAAGAGUGUAGGGAAAUGCGUUUUGUGCUGAAUCCAUUUUUUCGUCAGGUGGUUUUGUAUUGCCAGGCGCUGCGCGGUGAUGUUGUUUUGCUUGAGCUGUAACUCACCCCUGAAGCACAGAAGGAUGGCGCCCGGCCGAGCGGGGCGUGACUCAUAGCCGCGGAUCCGUCCAGCCUCCUCCACCCAAGCAUCCCGUCCCCUCACAGGCCCGUCAGGGGCUGCGUGUCCCCUGACCCUGGGUGUGUGUGCGUUUUACCAGACUGUGUCCUUGAUGAUAUCACAGCCCAACCAUGUGAGGAGGGUUCAGGCUCCUCUGUCUCCAUCCGUCUGAGAAAAGGGAAAGUGAGGAUGGAACUGGUUUUGAAAAAUUAAAGGACAAGCAAGAUGGUUGUCCGGGAAGAUGAUUCUGGCUGGCUGCAACCUCCACGCACUUACUCAGCCUCCUCUGUUUUCAGGCCCUCUUUACGUGGGUUAUGGGGUAGGAAUGGUUCUUUUCCUCGUGUGACAGAGAGUCAGACUGCAGCCUGGAGAAGUUAAGUCACGCAGGCAGCUCAGUGGAGGGCUAGGUUUCAAAAUCAGGUAAUAAACCCUAUUCAUGGACUCAUCACCCGUGUGCUAAGCCAUGUGCAUAUUCUUGCACCUUCACAACAAUAUAAGGUACAUACUCUGAAUAUGCCCAUUUUACAGAUGAGGAAAUUGAGGUGAAAGGACUUACCUAAGGUCCCAGAGCAGCUUAGUCUGUGGCAGAGCUGGGGUUUCAGGGCUGGUCAUAUAUUUUCUAGGCUAACUGUAUGCCACCCUAGCAGCAGCUCUAAAAAAAAUGGUGGCUGUUGCUUUUAUUCAGGAUGGCCAGGCCACAGAUUAUUGCAUCUACAUAUGAGACCCAAGAAGGUUGGGGUCAGCUUGGAAAGAGCCUUGAAUGCCAAGCCAGCAGCAUUCAGAACAAAGCCAAGCAUAAAUGAACAGAGAAGAGAAAGUUCUCAGGCCAUUAGGCUUCUACCAAAGCCCCAAGCUAACUGUUGUUAGGAAUCUUGAAACCAGUCAUGUUUUCUGUUUUGCUUUGGCCACUGGGGAGCUCAAGGUCAGAUGUGUUAUUAUUUUUAACAAUUGUACUGAGUCUCCCACUGGACUCGGCUUCGUUCUCGUCUUCCUGCUUUUACCUUUACCCUCAUCUCUUUAUUUUUAUCCUGUUGUAUGUUAUCUAUUUUUGUAAGUUGCCACAAUCCCUUGUUUGCAAUAAAGUGGCGUAUACCUAAAUAAACACAUGAUCGAAAGCUUGA